AUGCGUCCCGGUACGGGCAUCCUGGUUCAGGCAGGUUUGGUGCAGCUUCCAUUUUGUCCGCAAUCUAAUUACACACACACACACACACACGCGAAGACAUUCGGCUUGCGGGUCCUUUCCUUUCUGUUCAGUGGGAUGGCGGUCCAGAAGGCACUUCGGACCGUGUGGUCCGCGUUUGCAGUUAUCCUCAGCAUCAGCGUACCCACUGCGACCUCGAUCGGUGUGAGUUCCAAGCCGAAGUGUGCAGAUGACGACGCCCAAAUUAUUGCGCUGGCUAACGGCAUCGGCGUUAAGAUCGGAGGUUGUGCUGAGGUGCAGCCUUAUUGCGAAGAUGCGGCGUAUGGCAGCACUGUGCAGGCGACCUGCCCUGCAACGUGUGGCCUCUGCAGGGUGGCCAGCCCCAGCAGCUCCCAAGCGGCCAAGGUGCUGAUGGACAGGAGCUCCAGGGGCUCUCGGGACGCGGAUGCUCAACAGUCCUUGGACAGGGCUCUGGCGGCGAAAGGGCCCGACCCGACGCCGAGGCCGACGCCGUGGCCGACGCCGUGGCCGACACGGUGGCCCACGCCGAGGCCGACGCCGUGGCCGACGCCGUGGCCGACGCGGUACCCGACGCCGUACCCGACGCCCAAGCCGACGCCGUGGCCGACGCCGAGGCCGACGCCGUAUCCGACGCCGAGGCCGACGCCGUAUCCGACGCCGAAGCCGACGCCGAA